AUUUCGUCAGCCAAAACGUCAAAAUAUUUAUUAUUGGUUCGUAGAUCUUGCGUAGGGAAAAUUAUGUAAGGAAAACAAAAUAAAGAGAAAUUCCGUGUUGUGAGAGCGAUUAAUCGUCCCAUGCAAUAUUAUUAUGCCUACGGGGCGUGCUGUUCUACUGUUGAGGCGUCUAUCGACGGGUGAUAACAGGUUCAAAAAUCUGAAUUUGAAUCAAAACACCACAAAGGAGCCGCUAGUUUCGACCCCGGUGUGCAGUCAGAGAGAAUUUGGACUAUCAAAAAGGUUAUCAACAUUUGGACCGAAUAAUAUAGCUGUUCCGCAGCUUACAAGAAGCUUUAGUGAUAAUAAGAUCAAGAUGUCUUCUGCUAGCGCUGAUAAUCCUCCUUCAGAACAGCCAAAGCACACCAACCGCCUGAUUACUGAAAAGUCGCCCUACUUACUGCAACAUGCUCAUAACCCUGUGCAGUGGUACCCUUGGUGUCAGGAAGCUAUUGACAAAGCUAAAGCAGAGAACAAGCUUAUAUUCCUAUCAGUAGGAUAUUCAACAUGCCAUUGGUGUCAUGUUAUGGAGAAAGAGUCAUUUGAAAGCGAGGAGGUUGCUCAAAUUAUGAAUGAACACUUCAUCAACAUAAAAGUAGAUCGUGAAGAGAGACCUGACAUUGAUCGGGUCUACAUGUUGUUUAUCCUGGCAACUAGUGGCGGUGGAGGAUGGCCUAUGUCUGUAUUCCUCACUCCGGACCUGAAGCCUGUUACUGGUGGAACUUACUUUCCUCCUGAAGACCGUUGGGGCAGACCAGGGUUUAAAUCAAUUCUUUUAUCCCUAGCCAAGAAGUGGAAGAACAGUCAUGGUCAAUUUGUACAAGCUAGUCUAAAUAUCAUGGAAGCUCUGAAUAAAAUUUCAACAAUAGAUCCUGAUAAGUCGAAUACUAUUCCCGGCGAAGCAACUUGGGAGAGCUGUGUUCUCAAGUACAUGACUUCUUAUGAACCAGACUUUGGUGGUUUCGGAUAUGCACCGAAAUUUCCACAAGCUUCCAUUUUUAACUUCCUCUUCCAUUAUUAUGCUCGUGAUAAAAACAAUGCUGAGGGUAAAAAAUGUUUGGAAAUGUGUUUAUAUACAUUAACCAGAAUAGCUAAAGGUGGCAUUCACGACCACGUUUCCAGUGGGUUUGCUCGGUACUCGGUUGAUAACGAUUGGCACGUACCUCAUUUUGAGAAGAUGCUGUAUGAUCAAGCACAGUUGACUGUUGCAUACACUGAUGCUUAUCUCGCAACAAAAGAUAAUUUUUUUGCUGACGUGGUUCGAGAUAUUAUUAAAUACGUUAAUAGAGAUUUGCGCCAUGAAUCUGGCGGAUACUAUAGCGCUGAGGAUGCCGACUCAUUCCCGGAGUUUGGAGCUCCUCACAAGAAAGAAGGUGCAUUUUGUACCUGGGAAUACGACGAAUUAAAAUCUCUUUUUAACGAUAAGAAAAUUGAUAAUGUGUCGUAUUUAGACAUUUUCUGCCACUACUUUAGUGUACAGGAAGAUGGUAAUGUGUCUCCAGAAAGUGACCCUCAUGGCGAACUCACUAAUAAAAACAUUCUUAUUAUUUACGGUACUAAAGAGGACACAACGAGGAGGUUUAACUUAUCAAUGGAGCAAUUUGAUCAAGUUUUGUCAGAAUGUAUUGACAUUCUGUAUCAGGCGCGCCAGAAGCGCCCUCGCCCGCAUUUGGACACCAAGAUGCUGUGCUCCUGGAAUGGCUUGAUGUUAGCUGGGUUAGCGCAGGCUGGCCAAGGGCUGGGAGAAAAGGAAUAUGUCGAGGACGCUAUCAAAACAGCGGAAUUCAUUUAUAAACACUUGUACGAUGACAACACUAAAACUUUAUUACAUUCUUGCUACAAAGCUGAAGAUGGAUCUAUCGCUCAAACUGACCAACCAAUCUCCGGCUUUCUAGAUGACUACGCUUACUUGAUCAAAGGCCUAUUGGAUUUGUACGAAGCAUCUUUGGACUACCGCUGGCUCAAAUGGGCGCGGGUGCUACAGGAGAAGCAGAACGAAUUGUUCUGGGACACAACUAACGGUGGAUAUUACACGUGCUCUAUGGAUGACAAAACUGUGGUGCUCAGGCUGAAAGAAGAUCAAGAUGGCGCAGAACCGUCAGGCAACAGCGUAUCGUGCCACAACUUGCAACGCCUCGCCGCGUACGCUGAUAAGAGUGCAGCAGCUGAGGGAGGCGAAAGCGAGAGGGAAAUGGCCGUCAAGUUGAUAAAGGCAUUCUCGAAGCGAUUGAACGACUCGCCCACUGCUCUACCUGAGAUGAUGUCUGCGGUCAUGUUCUAUAAUGACUCUCCUACUCAGGUGUUGAUAGCGGGCGGCUGCUCGGACCCUCGCACACUGGAGCUGGUCCGCGCGGUGCGGUCGCGGUUGCUGCCGGGCCGCGUUCUGGCCGUGCAGGACCCCGCCGACGCGCCCGCCGGUAUGUCCGACAUACUCCUGAGCCGCAUCAGGUCGGUAGGCGACGUGCCCACGGCCUACGUGUGUCGCCGCUACGCGUGCUCGCUGCCGGUCACAGACGUCAAGCAGCUGGAGAACCUACUGGAUGAGGCGCCCGUCGCACCCUCGCGCAACAAAUGAACUGCACUCAAAAUUAUACUGUUUUGCAUAAUAUACCCCUUCACUAUAUUAUUUAUCAACUAUCUACUAAAAAGGAUCACUUAAACUUUAUUUGCAGUAAGCUCAGAAAUCGGUCACACAAUCAAAUUUUUAAAGUAACUACACAAUCAAAAUCAAUAAAUUGUUGUUCUGCUAUUAAGUGAUAGAGAACAUAUUAUAUAUCAAAUACUACAUGUGGCAAAAAAUUCACGCACUUUGUAAAUUAUAUUGUGUAACCGAUUUCUGUUGCCAUCUGUACUUAUUAAAGUAUUCUUCUUGUACCUUUUAAAAUUUAAUAGGGUAUUUGGGUAUAUUAUAAAAACAUUAUACAUUUAUGAUCAUAUAAAAUUUAAAGGAAAGUAGUAAUAGUAUAACAGUCAUACUCAUGUUGCAAUCUGAAGCUUAUUAACUAGUCAUCAUUGUUAUUAUGAAUGUUCAAUCUCAUCUAUUAAUCACACAAUUUUAAUAUGUAAUAUUAGCAAUCUCUUAAUGGUAUGUAGUACAAUUGUACACGUACAUCUUUAUCAAGUUACAGUAUACUUCUUGUAGUGUUUAAAGUAGCAAGUUCUUUUUAUAGAAAUUUGGAACGGAGUUUGCAUAUAUCGAAUAAAGAGAUCGGAUCUGAUAGGAAUAGAAAAGCAUAGGAAGGUAAUCUCUAUUGAGGAUAUUGGAAAUGUUUAGUCUGAUAAAUGUGAUAGUGUAAUGUAAUGUCGGAGUAUUUAUAGGCAGCAAAUUAACAAUGUAGAGUUAGUCGCUAGAAACUAGCACAUACCACGAAGUUUAUACUUAUUUAAUGUGUAGAUACGUAAGAAGUUUAACUUGCUGUAGUAGGUAACAUUUGGAAUAUUUUUUUUUGUUAUAACUAUUUAUUGGAAAUUAAAUUGUGUAGUCGCUCCAAGCAAAUUUUUAAGUUGGAUUUGUGAUAUUUUUUAUUAAAUAAUGUUGUGUAA